CACCACAUAGAGGUGUCUGCAUAGGCUACGGUUGUGUUCAUAUAAUCGGACGAGAGGGUUGUACAUUUCAUAGUAUUAUUUUCUGCUAUAGUUCACCUUUUACCAUUUUCACACUAUUGAAGAAGAGCCAUCAUGGAGAAAGUGAUUUUAGUGACUGGUGCGAAUAGUGGUAUCGGCCUGGCCCUGUGUGAGCGCCUGCUCUGUGAGGACGCUGGGCUGCAGCUGUGUCUGGCCUGCAGGAACAUGCAGAGGGCCGAGGCUGCCCGCUCCGCCUUACUGACCUCUCACCCCGAUGCCCACAUAGACCUGCUGCACCUGGACGUGGGCUCUGUCCGCUCGGUGCUCUGCGCCGCCCACGAGGUCAAGGCUAGGUACAACAGACUGGACUACCUAUACCUUAAUGCCGGGAUCAUGCCCAAUCCACAGAUUGACGUUAAAGCUUUUUUCAAGGGCCUAUUUUCUAGCAACGCCGUCAACAUGUUUGCCACAGCAGAGGGCCUCCUGACCCAGCAGGACCGUGUCAACAAAGACGGUCUACAGGAAGUGUUCGCCACAAACCUCUUCGGUCACUUCAUGCUGGUCAGGGAGUUAGAGCCAGUCCUGUGCCAAGCUGGUCAAACCUCCCGGGUAGUGUGGACUUCAUCCAGCAAUGCCAGACGCUCGGCCUUCAGUCUAGACGAUGUCCAGCAUAGAAGGGGGACCGAGCCCUACGCCUCCUCCAAGUAUGCCUCUGACCUCCUCAGCCUGGCCCUCAACAGACACAACAACAGCCAGGGGCUGUACUCGUCAGUGAUUUGUCCAGGGCUGGUGAUGACCAAUCUGACCUAUGGAAUCCUCCCCUCCUUCUUCUGGACCCUCAUCAUGCCUAUCAUGUAUCUCAUAAGAAUCUUCACCAACACUUUCACACUGACACCAUACAAUGGAGCAGGAGCCUUGCACUCGCUGUUUCUGCAAAAACCGGAGUCCCUGGAUCCGAGAGCAAAGUACCACAGUUUGACGUCAGGCAUGGGGAGCAACUACACGCAGCCUCGACAAAUGGACAUGGACGACGACAUGUCAGAGGCCCUGUAUGUGAAACUGCUGGAGAUUGAAAAGGCUAUGCGUAAGAGAUUGAAAGAAGAGGAUGACGAUAAACAAGCCUACAAAAAGUACCUCCACCAGACAGAGUAGUGGCUAUUCACCUUGACUGACUAGUUUAAUCACUCAACUUUUAUUCUAUAACAUAGAAUCUAUUUGGUUGAAACGGUUUUACUCAUGUGUCAAUGGAAGGAAAUGGUAUGUUCUGUAUAAAUUGACGACGGCCAUGAGGCACUACACUCUCAUUGUCUUACGUCAGAGGGCGUCACUCCUACGCAACGCUUGUCCCCUCAACCGAUCAGUGCAGGUGGAAUCGUCGCGCUAUCUGACGUAAGACAAUGGGGGAAUCCUCUGAAAAAAAAGAUUCCAGAUAGAACCAUUUAAGAUCAGAUAGAACUCUUUCUGGUUCCAAAUAGCACCUAUACAGAAAUGCUAUUAAAAUUGAUUUUAAUAGGGGACAUUUGUUAUUGUCACAGACUAGGCUGUGAAUUCCUGCUGCUAACUCUAUGACCUAAAUUUGGUGGCUCUAGACUGUGGUGGCCUUUGUGAAUCGUAAAGCACACAUGCUAAUAACUUGACCAAAAUGAGAAAAAUGAUAUCAAAGCAUUCCUUUUCUGUGAGUGUUAGGUUCACAGUGCUGCCUUAUGGCAAGAUGAAUAACUACUUGUGAGCUGUUGAACUUUUAUUAAAAUGUACGUUUAAAAUGAA